AUAGUAUUUCCAAAAAUGGGACUGUAUACAGCUUCCAUUACUUUGUGUGUUUUCUAUCUAAUACAUUCUGGGUUUGCAACUGAUCUUCUGGUCGAUCUUCCUUAUGGAACAAUAAAGGGAAGAGAAGCAAUAUCUCCACGCAACACUACAUUCCGAGCGUUUCAAAGUGUGCCAUAUGCAGCUGCACCGGUUGGGCCCCUCCGAUUUCAGGCACCAGAGCCUCCAACAAACUGGACCGGUGUUAAAGACGCUACACAAGAUACCUAUACCUGCUUUUCGGUCAAAAAAGACAGCGAUAGAGAAAAUGAGGAUUGUUUGUUGAUUAAUAUUUUCACUCCAAUUUUAGAUAAUGCUAGUAAAGAUCAGCUACCAGUUAUGCUUUGGAUAUAUGGAGGAGCCUUUAGAACUGGUUCAGCUUUAUAUGAAAAUUUUGGUCCAGAGUUCCUGAUUGAAAAGGGCGUCGUCGUAGUAACGUUAAACUAUAGAUUAGGUCCCUUUGGAUUCCUGGCUACAGAAGACGGGCUAAUUUCAGGCAAUGCAGGUCUCAAAGACCAAGCGCAAGCCAUUGACUGGGUACACAAUCAUAUUUCUUUAUUCGGUGGCAAUCCCAAGAGAGUCGUUCUUUUUGGACAAAGUGCUGGUGGUGCUUCCGUUGGGUACCAACUUUUGUAUAAGAAGAACGAAGGCAAAAUUCAUGGAGCAAUCCUUCAAAGUGGCAGUCCUUUGAGCUCUUUCAGCUACAUGGGUGACGUUAGUGCAAGAGCUUAUGCCUUUGACUUGGCUUCUCAAAUAGACGGCUCUGUUGAUUUUAAGAAUGACACUGGCUCACUAAUAGCGUUUCUACAAAAUAAUGUAACUGGUAGACAAAUUGAUAAGGCUUCUACACUUACCACCGUUACUAGUCGACCUUUGCCAGUAAUCGAACAGAAUGUGAAAAAUGCCUUUUUGUACAAUGGAUCAUAUGAGUAUUUGCAAGCUGGAGAUUUCCUUAAAAUCCCAAUAAUGAUAGGAGCAACUUCAGAAGAAGCAAUUUAUGGAACAUCUGAUAUGGAUGCCUUCAAAAGCAGUUUUGAAAAAUACGAAAAGAAACACGAAAAAUUUGUACCCACAAAAGGAUUCCAUUUGAAAGAGGGAAUUUCCAAUAAAUUGGUUGGGGAAGAAAUAUAUAAUCUCUAUUUCACUAAUGUCUCUGCUGAAGAGCGAUUGGGAUACUUUGUCAGGUGGAAAAGCGACAAUAAUUACAUAAAGCCAAUGAUUAAACAUGCAGACCUUUCCACAAAAUUCACGGAUGUUUACUUUUACAUAUUUUCCUAUGAUGGUAUAAUGGGCAAUUGGAAUAUAACAGUACCAGGUGCUGGCUUAGUUGGUCAUGGAGAAGACGAUAGAUACAUCUGGAAAGUUAAGUCCAGCUCUUUUGAUAAUGGAGACUUAUCCAAAUUUCCAGAAGCUGAUAGAAUUACGCACGAGAGAAUCAUUACACUUUGGACUAACUUUGCCAAAUAUUUAAAUCCGACCCCAGCAGCUUCCGAUCUACUUCAAAACAUCUCCUGGCCUAAGGUUGAGUCCGGCAACUUCCAAUAUCUCGAUAUCGACACCGAUUUGGUCAUCAGAAAAGAUCCGAAAAGUCCUUAUUAUGCCACCUGGAGCCGUAUUUACGAUCAAUACAAUAAAAGACCAUUUACAAUCUUUUAAAAAUAAAUAAAUAAAUAAUAAACAAAGUUUCACAAUUU